AUGGCUCUAGAGGAUGUUAGAUCCCAGCAGCUGCAGUCAGAAACGAAAGCAGAUGACUCAAUCAAAGUCGAUGUCACCGAUGAGGUGGAUUUUGUCGCUUAUUACGAGCAGACUACUGGCCGUUUAGUAGUUGACCCCGAACAGGCGAAGGUUGAGUUUGGGGAGGUAAUGGCUUCUAGGCUCAAGCUUAGUCCUGAUGGGUUAAAGGUUCUCUGGCCUCAACCCGCUGACGACCCGAACGACCCGCAAAAUUGGACAGAUUUCCGUAAGACUGUGCACCUGAUCAUCAUUACAAUGUCUGGAGUGGUACCUGACUUCGACGGUGGAAUUGGAAUCGCGUCGAUAUUUAGCCUCGCUCAAACUUAUGACACGACCUCGGGUAUCAUCAACGAUCGGACGUCAAACUGGGGCAUCUUCCUUCUGGGUUGGGGAGGCAUCUUCUGGGUCAUGCUCGUGAGACGGUAUGGUCGGUUGCCAGUACUCUUCUGGAGUCAGCUUUUUGCACUUGCAUUCUUAGUUGGUGCCACACUGGCGCCGAAUCUAGCCACCUUCGCAGGGAUGCGUUGCCUGAGUGGAUUCUUUGGGCAGGUGACAGGACUUUAUGUCGUGACGGAUAUCUUCCCCUUCCAUCUUCAAGCACGGAAGCUGAACAUCUGGACCUCGGGUUUUGUGAUGUCAGAGAAUGAAUCCUUUUCAAUUUGGGAGAAACAUUUCUCACUAUCUCAUAGAUCGCCUUUCUUAUCACCAUUUGUAUUUGGCUUUCUUGUAGCGCGUGCGAGCUGGAGAUGGGCCUAUGCUAUAGGAUCUAUCUACAACGCCAUCGUAUUAGUUCUCAUUGCGUUUUUUAUGGAAGAAACUAUGUAUGAUCGUCACCUUGCAUCGAAGCCACUGCAAAUUUCUACGGGACUGCGAUAUCGAUUUGAAACUUUGAUAGGUGUCACUGGGUACAAGAUGGCAAAAUACAGACCACGAUGGCCGGAAGUUCUAUUGGCACCUUUGGAUGUCGCUUGGCGUCCUCAGUUUUUCUUCGUAGUUCUCUUUGAGGCAUUGGUUUUCGGGUUCUCGAUCGGUGUGAACGUGGGUGUUUCCGUUGCGACCUGCAGUAAUAAACUUACCGACUUUUGUAGACGACAAAUGUUGUCUUCAUGGGAUCUCCUCCUCCCGUCGGAUUUGACUUUAGCCAAUAUGCCGUGGCUGGAGCGUAUGCGACUCCAAUUGCAAGUUUUUUCCGUCUAUGAAGUCGCCGUCCUUCUUGGCGAGAUUAUUGGACGUUACGUUAAUGAAUUCAUCAUGUAUCUGCAUAUUCGUAAAAACGGUGGUUUCUUCGAGCCCGAGAGCCGCUUGUGGACCUGUUACUUAGCCAUGCCGCUUUAUAUUUGUGGCUUUUUGACGCUGGGUGCUGGGAUACAACAUCUCAACAAAGCCGCUCUCAUCAUAGGCUGGGGUAUUGCAUUUGUAGCAAUCACCCUCAACACUGUUGCAGUGUACGCAUAUUGCAAUGACUGCUUCCCUCGCAGGGCAGGCGAAGUCAGUGCCCUCUUAAACUUUGCAAGAUCAGUGGGCGGUUUCGCAGUCGCAUAUUUCCAAGUCCCAUGGGCUACAAAAUCUGGAGCAUUGACGGUGUUUGGUGUUGAAACAGCGCAAGUGAUUUCGCUUGACGCACUCGAAGAGUCUGACGGUUUUUAUAGGCUUGUGAUUGGCCUGUUUUUCAUCGCCGUUCCUAUGACACAGCUGAAGGGAAGCUACUUCCGAACACGUUUUGCCUUAUAA